AUGGCUAAGACGUUGUCGGAACAGAUUUCUGAGAUUGCUAACAGACCCGUGAAUCCGGACGUGGAUAUCGAGGACGGUGAGCGUGCUGUGUUUGAACAUCAUGACAGCAGUGAUGACAAUGACAGUGAUGAUGGACAGGAAAGUCAGGCUCAGGCUCACUACGUCUCCGUUGGGAAGUCGAAGUUGAGGGAGUCUGUGGAAGGUGCUGAGUUGCAGGACUCCGAGAAGUAUCAAGGUGCUGUUGGGUCGAGAGAUGCAUUGUUUGGGAAUGAUGCUAGUCAUCAUGUUCCUGAUCAGGAUAUUGAAAGUGAAUCCGAGGAAGAGGAGGAAGAGGAGACUGUUGGUAGUGAUAACGAAUCUAGUGCAAGCGAGGAAGUGGAAGAGGAGGAGUCCGAUGGAGAUGAGAUCGCUAGUAAGAGGGAACAGCUGGCAAGACUUGUAGAAGAAGAACGAAGCUCAGCAAUUCAAAGAUUAUCGCGUAAUGCUCAAAGAGACGCAGCCAAGGGUUAUUCUAUCCUUCAACAGACUCGUACUUUCGACAGUAUCAUUGAUGUAAGGAUUAAAUUGCAAAAAGUCUUGAAUGCAGCUAAUGCAAUGCCCUUGACAACUGAAUCCUGGGAUGAAGAAUUUAAAGAAAAUUCUAAGAAUAAAAAAUUGUUGAAACAAAACAAAAAACUGUUGAGGGAAGUCAUGGAUAAACUGAUCGAUUUUAGAAACAUUUUCCAAACUAAGGAUCAUAUUUUACCUGUUAGUGAACAAUCUGAAUCACCAUCACGUAAACGUUCAUGUCAGGAAUUAGAUGAUGAGUUGAGAAAAUAUAGAACCGCAGUGUUAAAGAAAUGGUCCUCAAAGAUUGAAGCUGCCUCAGGGAAUGCAUUGUUGGGGUCAACUAAGUUUAAAGCGAUCAAUCAAUCCGCAGAUGUACAAGUAGAAAACCAAUUGGCUGAUAUGACACGUCUUGUUAAAAGAACAAGACUUAAUAGAAGAAAUAUUGUCCCAUUAAGGUUCAUGACGGAUUUGAAAUCCAACAGAUUAAAUCAACUGGGUGAAUCCAAUGACAAUAUGACACAUGUAGAAGCUGCCGAUGAUGAAGAUGAUAACGUGGAUAUUCCAAAGAAUUAUGAUCCAAGAAGAAAGGAUAAUAAUGCCAUUGAUACUUCUGAAAACCCUUACAUUUUUGAUGAUGAAGAUUUUUACCGUGUCUUACUAAAUGAUUUGAUAGAUAAAAAGAUUGCUGAUAACAAUAACAAUAAUGGUACCAGUAAUAACAUUAUAACAAUAUCCUCAAGAUCGAACAACAAAUUAAAGAAAAAUAUUGAUACAAAGGCAUCAAAAGGUCGUAAAUUAAACUUCACAGUACAAGAACCAAUUGCAAAUUUUGAAGCACCUGUGAAUAAUGGUUACAAAUGGUCUGAUGAACAAAUCGAUGAAUUUUUUGCAGGUCUCCUUGGUCAAAGAAUCAAUUUCGAUGAAGAUGAAACUGCUGGAUUUGAAUCUGAAGAUAUUUCUGAUGACGAAAAACAAGCUGAAGUAAAUGCCAUUAAGAACGACGAUAUUCAAAUAUUUGGUUAA